CUGGAACAAACACCCCAAAUGAGCACUAAGCGUGCAACUGGAAUUGAGAGGAUGAACAAUCAGGAAUCUUGUCAGCUCAUGGAAAACGUCACUGCUACAGCCCACGAUCCAGGAGAAAGUAACCUGAAACAGGGCAGUCAAGCCAGUAACGUUUUCCCACCUUGCAGAAAUAAUGCAGGAAGUAAAAGAAGCCUAGACUACUACUCCACGCAAGAGCAUGGAAGCAGUUGUACCAGCUUGAACAACAGUGCACAAGUCCAGGCACAAGAGAAAGUGACUCUGGUUGUAGAUGGCACUAGAUUUGUUGUAAAUCCUCAGAUAUUCACAGCUCAUCCUGAUACUAUGUUGGGACGAAUGUUUGGACCUGGACGAGAAUAUAACUUCACUCGGCCAAAUGAGAAGGGUGAAUAUGAAAUUGCAGAUGGAAUCGGCUCCACUGUGUUCCGGACGGUGCUGGAUUAUUACAAAACUGGAAUAAUUCACUGUCCUGAUGGGAUUUCUAUUCCUGAUCUUAGAGAUACUUGUGAUUAUCUUUGCAUCAACUUUGACUUCAACACAAUCAAGUGUCAAGAUUUGAGUGCUUUAUUGCAUGAGCUGUCUAAUGAUGGUGCUCACAAGCAGUUCGAUAGCUACCUGGAAGAGCUGAUUUUGCCUAUAAUGGUGGGCAGUGCCAAGAAAGGAGAACGUGAGUGUCACAUUGUGGUUCUAACCGAUGAAGACGUAGUGGACUGGGAUGAAGACUACCCACCUCCCGUGGGAGAAGAAUACUCACAAAUCCUGUAUAGUUCAAAGCUCUACCGAUUCUUCAAGUACAUCGAAAAUCGGGAUGUUGCAAAAACAGUAUUGAAAGAACGAGGCCUGAAAAAUAUUCGAAUUGGCAUUGAAGGUUACCCAACAUGCAAAGAGAAAGUGAAGAGGAGGCCCGGAGGGCGCUCAGAAGUGAUAUAUAAUUAUGUGCAACGUCCAUUCAUUCAGAUGUCUUGGGAAAAGGAAGAAGGGAAGAGCCGCCAUGUUGACUUCCAGUGUGUUAGAAGCAAAUCUCUAACAAACCUUAUGGUGGAUGAAGAUGUAGCAGAAGGCCAAGAGGUUAUGCCUUACCCUCCCCAGGUGGAUGAGCUUGACAGAUUAAAUGCACCACUUUCUCAAAUGGAUCCUAGUGAUCUACCAGAUUAAAAUGGAAGAGUACAGAGUUUUCACAAAUCGAUUUGGUGAUCUGCCCAGUUUGAGCUAUACUGCAGAGUGGAGC